UUGCACGCGACCUGCAUUUUGUCGCCACCUCACUGGCCAGUCUGGUCCCCCAACCCCAGGAAAUGAUGCCCCAAAUCCCGUCGAUGAUGCAACAGAAGGUGCUUCCGAAGGCGACACCAUCCAUUCAAAAGCCCAAUGGAAAGGAACUGCGUGGAAAAUGUUUGAGGCCGCCAUGACCACCUUUGCUUCCAUCUCCAUUCUGGGAUUAGUCGGCUUCACCUACACGCGGUACUAUAAAUACCUUGUUCUGGAAAAGAUGGAGAAUGCAUUUCGGCCGGGCGACCCUGUGCUGGAGCUUGCUGCCCAUGGCAAAGAAGUCCCCAAAUCCCAAAUGGGCGCUAUCCCUGGUGUCGGCGACGACUAUGAUCGAUGGAUCCCCCGAGUCGAGCAGGAAAAGAUCGAUGCUAUCGUAAAAGGCGAAGACCGGGGCCGCUACCACCUCCUCAUCGGCGAAAAGGGAACUGGCAAGAGUUCUAUGCUGAUCGAUGCCAUGUCCAAAAUCGAAGGGGAAGGAGUCGCCAUGUUGGAAUCACAUGCCGACCCAGAGAUCUUUCGCAUAAGGCUUGGCAGGUGUUUGGACUUCGAGUUCCACGAGGACAACAUCGGCGCGCUUUUCUCCAUCCGUGGACCCCGUGACGCGUCAGCUCUUCUAGACAUUGAGCGCGCGUUCAACAAGCUGGAGAAGGUGGCGUUGAACCGACGGAAGAGAGUGGGACGACCGCUAAUCCUCAUCAUCAAUCAAGCUCAUCUCAUACGGGACGACGAGGAUGGCCGAGACCUGAUUGAGCUCAUCCAGCAGCGAGCAGAGCAAUGGGCCGCCUCCAACCUCGCCACGGUCAUCAUCAACUCGGAUAAGUACUGGGUGUAUGAGAGGCUGAAGCAACAUGCAACACGAAUGGAGGUGACCCAGGUUAAAGACCUUGAAAAAGGUCAUGCCAUGCAGGCGCUGCGGAACUAUCGAAUGAAGUAUUGGAACGAGCAAACGUCAGAAGCAACGCUUGAAGAAGUGUACGACAAGAUCGGCGGCCGACUAACCUUCUUGAACCGAGUUGCCAAGUCAAACAACAUGAUAUCCAUGUGCGACCACAUUUGCGAGAUGGAGAAGACGUGGUUCCUAAACAACUGCGGUAUUCUUGGUGCCGAGAUGGACGAUGAUGUCAUGGAUCAGCAGAAAUACGCCUCCACCGCCAUGGUCCUCGCAAACGCACUGUACAAGAAAUCCCUCCAAAUGGACCAAAACUAUCACCCGGAACGCGGACACAUACUCCCAGAAUUCCCGCUGCAUGAAGCCCGUUACAUAAUGACGCGCGCCGACUUCAUCCGCCAACACCAUGAUCUCUCUAUCUUCGCAAUCGACUCCCACGCCAUGGUCCGCGCUGACAGCGUGCCCAUGCAGCGCGCUUUCAACGAGAUUUGUGCGAAGCCGGGCUUUGAGAAGUUCCUGGAGGAUACGUUAGAAAGGAUUGGAGAUAUUGAGAGUUUGGGGAGGACGAAGGAGUUAACGUUCAAGGAUCUUUGGGAGGGUGGGAAGUAUCGGAUCACGACGAGGGAUCGGAAGGGGAAUGUGGAGAAGGAGGUUGAGAUGGUUACGGUGGAGGGGAAGAAGGAUGAGGGAGAUGAGGAUUAG